ACACUUUUCUUUGCAUGCAUAGAGAUAGUUGAAAGGCUGUGUAGAAACGUGUAUGCUCUUUGACACAGAGAAUGGUGAGAGACGUUUUGUUUUAUUUUGUAUGUUGGUAUUAUUGUUGUUUGUAAACAAAGUUCUGUUGGAGGUUAGAACUUGGAGAAGUGUAAAAGAAGUAUUUAAUUUUAAUCGCGGUUGGUGAUAUACUGUUCAUAAAUGGGAAAACAUUCCCAUUUUGAUGAUGAAAUUCCACUUACUCAUACGCGACUAAACAGUGCACGUGAAACCAGAGAUCGGUUCCAUUCAUUGCUGCGCGCCGCUGUGGAUCAAGAGCAAGAGAAUGUUGAGGAAGCCAGCAGCUUUGCAAAGAAAGAAAUAACAAAUGUGGAACCUGCAAAGGGAGAAGAUAGAUGCGGCAGGGGAUCUUUCUCAAGAAGUGUGGAAGAGUGUGCAUUGAAAUCAUAUAAUACAUCCACACAGAGGUUAAGCAGCCUCAAUUUGUUAUCAAGCAGUGAUGAAGAUGCAGCUGUGAAAGAAAAAUUGAAUGGACAUUUGCAUAAAUAUGAUAAAGAAAAUUCUAGUAAAAAUAGAGAGCAGUUGGUUCUGGACAAGAGAUUGAAAGAUGAAAGGAAUUCAAGCCAAGUUUCUCUGAAGAAAGAAGUAGAAAUUGAUUCUGAAAACGAGGUAGUGAAAGGAACGGAUUUCGUCAAAACAAACACUAGAAGAAGAAGAAGCAUUCAAUCAGAAUCCUUUGAAGAAAAUCCAGAUUGUUUCCAAGGAAAACAUUUUGCUAGUACAUCCUGCAGGAAUAGUGAACAUCAGAAGAAACCUGUCCCUCUUCCCAGGAGAAGGACACAAAAGGAACAUCUGAAACCAAGUGAAACCCAUGAAACAGAAGUAGAAGAACAUCAUCAGCAGAUUGUACCAGCAACCAGCAGCUUGAAUGUAGUACUUCCCAUAGAUAACUUAAAAAACACCAGCAUACCAGCAGAAGAUGGUGAUGAUGAUGAUGAUGAUUGUGUCCUACCUAAGAAAGUUGAGAGAAGGAAGGUGAAAAAUAAAAAGAAUGCACACUGUAAUGUUGAGAAAAAAGAGGAGAUUGAGCGGAGAAAUAUAGAAACACCAGAUGGAGAAGUAGAAGGAAAAGAAGUGUCUUCUGGCAGAAAAUCGUUCCAUAAAUUAAGAAGAGAAAGCAAAGAAGUAGCAGUAGAAACUGCUGUGAAGAAAGAGGGAUCACAAUCAGUGGAGUUAAGUUAUGAUAAAAUAGUUGGAAUUUUCAUUCAUCGAAGUGAAUGUUUGCAAGUAGAUCCUCUUGUACGACACCCUCUCGUGAAAGUACAUCUUCUUGAUGCAGCGACUGGAAAUUACUUGAAGAAAAGCAACUCUGGUCGCUCAGUAUCUUUCUACAAUGAAAACCAGGAGGUUGAUUAUAUUCUGCCGCUUAUGACGGAGGUGUUUGAUUACAAAGAGAGGAGAACCAUUGUGCCAUUUUGGGAAGAGCUACUUGUAUUCAAUGAGGAUUUUGAGUACAUAUUGCAGGGUAGUCCCCCAGUGUUAAUCCUAUUUGAGGUCCUGGACUUUGUGAAUUUUACAGUUGCAAGUUCUCAGUAUCGAAAACUAGGUUCUGAAGGAGGAUGGCACCAUGUGGCCUGGGCAUUCUUGAAACCUGUUGGUGCAAACAGUGUUCUCAACACCGAGAAGCAAGUGCGACUGCAGCUGUACAAGCCACAGAGAAUGCGGAAACCAAGCUGUAACAGUUGUGAUGUUUAUGACUGGUGGAGCAGUGGUGUUUGGGAGCGCUACCCUGCGACUCUGUAUGUUACUGUGAAGGGAAUCACACCCCCAGAACAUUUUCCUCCAGUGCUGCGUUCUCGGAAUGCUCUACAAGAGGAACUCAGUCAGUCCCCUCCAUUUUUAGAAACAAACCAGAACCACAGUGAAGGUGACGCCAAGUCUGACCAUGAGAACUCUGCUGUUUCAACACAGCUGCUGCUGUCUGCCGGAACAUCCCUUCCUGUAUGGUCUCGCUUACCAUCACAGUCCUGCAAAAUACCAAACCACCGUAAACUGGCCCUGCCAACAGCCUCAAGAGGAUGUUUCUUUGUGAAGUUCAGCAACUCUGGUCUGCACCUUGCUUGCAGCAUAUCAGCUGAUGAGAAGUACAUCAUCACUGUUUAUUCUAUUCCAGAUGGGAAGGAGUUUGCCCAGUUUGUGGGUCACCAGGGCCUUGUUUAUGACUUACACUGGUCAGCUAAAGAUACAGUGCUGCUAUCUGCUUCUGCAGACUGCACUGCUUGCCUCUGGGAUACCGACGCUAGGAAGUCAGGCCCCAUGCAGAUGCUGCCUCACCCAUCAUUUGUAUAUUGUGCCCAGUUCCAUCCUGGCAAUAGCUCUGUUUUGGUCACUGGUUGCUAUGAUCAUGUGGUGCGUGUGUGGAACUGUCUCCAUAAAUCUUCACAGUUUGAGCUUGUCCAGGAAUUGGAAGGCCACACGGGUUUUGUGAGUGCCCUGUCCAUAAGUUGCAGUGGCAUGAUGUAUUCAGGCGAUAGUCUGGGGAGGAUCCUUGAGUGGACAGGAUCAAAAGUAAAGUCCAAGAAGCAGUGUUACCAGUGGAAAUUCAGCAGGAACAUGGACAUUCGUGAACUGAGAGAUACUGUUGUGAACAGACUUCUGAUUCAUCCUGGUGGUCAGCGACUGUUAGUCCACGCACGAGACAGUCGACUCCGGAUGUUGGACAUUACCACUGCAAGUGUGAUUCAGUGGUUCAGUGGUGCUCUUAAUCACAGGGUUCAAACUUCAGCCUGCCUUUCGCCAUGUGGAGGCCUGGUGUUUGUGGGCAGUGAAGAUAGUACUGUACAUGUGUGGAAUGCUGAUACAGGGGAACAACUUGCUAUAUACUCAGGACUGCAGUUUUACCGGGGAGCAAGUGGUGUAGAUUACCAUCCAUUCGAACAUAUGGUAGCUUUUGCUUCACAUGGCAACAGUUCGUAUGUUAUGGUUUGUGAUUAUGAAAAAUUGGAUUCUGGUAAAGAUAUAGGACUUCAAAUGUUGGCCAUGCAAAAUACAACAUUGAAGUCAACAGUAGGAGUCUUCACUGAAUCCCAUCUGAAAAGUUCAACUCCGAUGCAUUUUGGUCAUUCAUCAUUAAAGGAAAAGAAGAGAAAACCGAUGCCUUUGAGUGAUAGUGAGAUGGAGGUUUUGCAAGGUUCGCCUUCUCUUGCUGCAGACAGAAAUGGGUUCAGUUUAUCACCAAAUAGUACGAAUAGUCCUUCAGCAUUUAUAGAAGAAGAUGAUAAGUCUAGCAAAGUAAGACUGGCAAGUAUCAUAGAAAAGAUGGAUCAGGUUUUAUCAAAAACACCUUCUAAAAGCAGCCAGCAGAUUUCUGAAAGUUCUGAUAGGAGUUUUGCCCCAAAGUUGAGUGACAGUAGUUCAAGUAAGACAGAGAAUUUAGGUCACUUUUUUCGUGGGAAAACGAAGAGAGAAACAGUUUUGAGUGUAAAAUAAAGAAGCAUGAUUUGCAGUACUUUCCUCCAUGCACUGUGCAUAUAUGCAAGUAUUUGUAUGUGAAGUGGAAUACUGUAGUCAUCAAAUUCAUUAACUCCCACAUGUUGCAACCAACUAUUUUUAUGAAUUGAAGGAGAGUGCAUACCCAGAAUAAACUCAGUGCCUUCCAUUUUUUAACAUGUUAUAUGAUUCAAGCUCAUUUUGUAUUUUGUAACAUACACCUGAUGGUCUUAUUCAAGACCUGUUGAAUAAAAUAUGGACAUUUCUGCA